UAUCCAACGUAUAUCAAAUAUAUUAAGUAUUACUUGUAGAUGUUACACUGUUUUAUCUUCCAGUGUUCUGAUUAAAGAAAUAUAAGUUCAUGUUUUCAAAAUUAAAAUUGGGACACCUAGGAUUUGGCUGGAGAUAUCUGAACACACUGGAUCAAAGCAUGUUUUGAAAUUACUGCAAACUUUGGAUUGAAAUCUCAACGGAUCAAGACAAACACUGAUUUCCACUUUACGUAAAAUGGGGAAUCACGCACGUGGAGGCACAAGCUCUGUACCCUCACUGUCGCACUACAACUCCCAGAAUGCACCGCGACUAGGCGGUCGCUUCCGGUAGUGAGUCCCCGCCUCUCGCCGUAGUGGACCCUGAUGGUGCUGUUUGGAUUUUCUGGCUGGUAUUUGGAUUCUCCCUGCUUGUUGCUAAAGACUUCCUUCGCCCGUGGCUCAGCGCAGUGGUGACAGGUUGCGCGUGGGUAACAUGAACCGACUGGGCUCGGUGCAGCGGAAGAUGCCGUGCGUGUUUGUGACGGAGGUGAAAGCUGAGCCUUCAGCCAAGAGGGAGCAUCAGCCAUUUAAAGUUUUGGCAACUGAAACUCUAAGUGAAAAGGCAUUAGAUGCAGAUGUGUACAAUGCGGUUGCAACAGAAAAGGUGGAUGGAACAUGCUGCUAUGUUACUAACUACAAAGGUCAGCCAUACCUUUGGGCUCGACUAGAUAGAAAGCCUAACAAGCAAGCUGACAAGAGAUUUAAAAAAUUUCUACAUUCAAAAGAACCUGCAAAAGAGUUUCACUGGAACACUGAGGAAGACUUCAAGCCUGUCCCAGAGUGCUGGAUACCAGCAAAGGAAAUAGAAAAACAGAAUGGGAAGCCAGUACCUGAUGAAAACGGACACAUUCCUGGUUGGGUACCAGUAGAAAAGAACAGCAAGCAAUACUGCUGGCACUCAUCUGUAGUGAAUUAUGAGUUUGGAAUUGCCCUGGUACUAAGGCACCAUCCUGAUGAUCCUGGAGUUUUGGAAAUUAGUGCUGUUCCCCUGUCAGAGCUUUUAGAGCAAACUCUCGAGCUGAUCGGAACGAAUAUCAAUGGAAACCCAUAUGGGCUAGGAAGCAAGAAAUACCCAUUACAUUUUCUUACACCACAUGGAGCAUUCCAGGUCAGAAAUCUGCCUACACUGAAACACAAUGACCUGCUGUCCUGGUUUGAAGAUUGCAGAGAGGGUCAAAUUGAAGGGAUUGUGUGGCACUGCGGUGAUGGCUGUUUAAUUAAGGUCCACCGCCACCAUCUUGGUUUAUGCUGGCCACUUGCAGAUACUUACAUGAAUUCCAAACCAGUUAUUAUUAACAUGAACCUGAACACAUAUGACUGUGCUUUUGAUAACCAGUCUUUGUUUAAUCAUUUUUUGAAAAUAGAUAAACAGAAAUUUGAUAGGCUCAAAGACAUAAUACUUGAUGUAUAAAGUGGAAAUAAUA